UCCGAAUUGAACAAUGGGUGAGUGGUUUACGCCCGACGCUAUGGAUUGCUCUAAUGUCAUAGCGUCGAGCGUCUAGUCUAGAAAGAUACGAAAACAAGUUUACCAAUUUCGCGCUAAAUGACUUACUAAAGCCAACUGCUUUGUAAUUGAAAUUGGUGCUUGAAGGGGACGGAUGCUUGAAUUUUGACGGAGAUAGAGCGCGAUGCCCUAGUAACAAGAAGCUUCGCGAUUCGUUUCUGCUGUAAACCUCUUAACGCCACGGCUUCAUAGAGUAUGGUCAAGUCCCUAUGUACCGUACUUUGUCAGCAUCAAAGUCAAGCUGCCAACAUGUUGCACUUGAAACGGUUCAUAGCCUUGGAGGAAUCAGUCUUUAUAAGUAUGCUUGCUGCCAGCUCAGGGAAUCAGACAUUUUCGCCACACUAUUUAGCCAUUCAAUAUGAAAUCACUUCUUCUUAGUACUUUACUUACUGCCACUGUCGGCGCAGUGCCUUCAGCUCAAAUCAAGGAUGGAAUCAUCCAAGGUUUCACAUCGAAUAGAGUAGAAAAUUUCUUUGGAAUCCCUUACGCAGAUCCUCCAGUUGACGAUCUUAGGCUGCGAAAGCCUCGACCUCUCUCUAAACCAUUGGGGACAUUCGACGCCACUUCACCCCCACGCAUCUGCCCUCAAAAGGCAAUGGCGGGAGAUCUUCCCAUCCUAGAUACCUGGCCAGAAAGUCUUAGUAACAUACUUCUCUCCUUCAACGCGACUGCACAGAACGUGGGCGAAGACUGCCUUACAGUCAAUGUACAGAGACCCGUGGACACGAAAGCCGACGCGAAACUACCCGUUCUCUUCUGGAUUUUCGGCGGUGGAUUUGAGCAGGGUGCAACAAACACGUCAGAUUGGAGCACACUUGUCACCAAAUCGAUUGAGCAGGGUGGUGUCAUCGUGGUCGCUGUGAACUAUCGCUUGAACUCAUUUGGUUUCCUCGGAGGCAAGGAACUCAAGGCCGAAGGCGAAACCAACCUCGGCCUGCACGAUCAACGUCUUGGGUUGGAAUGGGUUCAUGAGAAUAUUGAAGCUUUCGGUGGAGACCCAGAAAAAGUUACUCUCUGGGGACAGUCGGCAGGCUCCAUCAGCGUCCACAAUCACCUCCUCAUCAACAAUGGCGACAACAAGUCCAACCGCACUGGGAAACCAUUGUUUAGAUCUGCCAUCAUGGAUUCAGGAACAUCCUUUGAUGCUGAGCCGGUUGACAGUGCAACUGCACAAGCCCAAUACGACUUCAUAGUCUCUCACGUGGGCUGCGAGUCCUCGGCACCUUCCCACUCUUCCCUCGAGUGCCUGCGCAAAGUCCCCUGGCAGAAGAUCGUCGACGCCACCAACGCUCUUCCUCGAUUUCUCUCCGAGAACGGAUUCUUCAUCGACUACGUUCCCCGCCCAGACCCGUCAUCUUCCUUCUUCACGGCCGCUAAAUUCAAUGGGAGCCAACCCAUCGUCGACGUCCCACUGAUUGUUGCCCACCAAGAAGACGAGGCCACCACUUUCUUGCAAGCCACUUCAGGAAUCACCUCGGAUGCCAAACUCGUUGCCAUGCUGCACCAGCAGUUCCCGACCACGCCUCGAGACUUUCGUGAGUCACUAUAG